AUGAUGAAAUAUUCAUGCAUACUAAAUUUAUUCAUUCCUUAUUUCAUAUUUAUAAGUUAUACUGUUGAAAAUUUACAAAAAUCUAAUCUGUUUUGUACAAAUUCAAUGUUAGAAACAGGAUUUACAGACAUUAUUUUGAAUAGCUCACUACCAUUAUUUGGUAAACAGAAAUGGUUCAGCAUAGAAACAUUAACAAAUAUGUAUAAACUUUAUAAAUUACGAUUAAUACAUUACCACAAAUGUUUUAAAAAACCAAUCCGAAAGUUUGAUGCUUGUUGGAAUUCUAUAAGACAAAAAUUCAUUGAUUCUUUAAUCCCAACAGAACAUAUUGAUCGAGUUAUUAUUACAAAGUUUGAACAAAAAAAAAGAAAAGCAACUGUGACUGAUGCAACAUAUUUGAAAUUUUUACAUGCUCUUUGUUUAACUGCAUGUUUAGUCAGAUAUCGAGAAAAUUUAGGACCAAUUAAAAAUGGUCGUAUUCUCUGUCCAUAUCCAUGUGUUAUGCAGAAAGAUUGUUCAUUCAGUGAAUGCAAAAACUAUGGUUUAUUUAAACAUGAAUAUGAAUGCCCUUGUAACGGUUCAAAUAAAUGGGACAGAGAGAGCAACGAAUGCUUACCAAAAAAGAUUUACAAAAUAAGGCAAACAAGAAACUAUCCAGAUAUGAUUAUGAGAGAAAAGAUUCUAAGGCAAAGAAAACCGAGGAAUUGUGAGUACAACAGUAAAUGUAAUAAAAAUGGUACACUAUUUUGUUCAUUAGAUUCAAAUUAUGGGCAUACUAUAUGUGUAUGCAAACUUGACUACCAUGGUCGGUACUGCCAAGACAAAAUAAAUGCUUGUCUGUUUCGUAUUGAACAUCAUUUACAACCAAAUGGUGGAACAAAGAUUGCUGGUAAUACAGCAUGUAAUAUUAAUAAUUCAAGCAAUAAAUGUGUCUCACUAAUAAGCGCUGAAGGUGAUGCAUCGUAUCAAUGUCAAUGUGAUGAAACUCAUUGGAUGCCAGAUAUUCGAUUGCCUUAUCCUAACUGCAUGCAUAAAUUUACAAAAUGCGAUUCUAUUGUAUGCGUAAAUGGAUUUUGUGUUACGAAUGAUCAUAAUGAUCAGGCUAAAUGUGUAUGUAAUCCUGGUUACAGUGGACUUGCUUGUGAAGAAUGGGUUGGUGAAUGGUCUGAGUGGUCGAAAUGGGAUCAAUGUCGACCAGCCUGCGGAAGUAUACGUUAUAGCUUACGUCAGAGAGAUUGUUUAUCAAUGAAAUUGGGGAAUAAAUCAAAAUCGUGUUUGGGUUCAUCUAUAGAAUAUCUUAAAUGUUCGGAACACUUAUAUAAAGGUAUACCUUAUUCUGAUGUAUACUAUGCAAUACAACAGAAUGCUAUUGUUAUCAGUUUUACGUUUGGUGGUGUACUUUGUGUUACGAUUGUUAUAUUUUGGAUUUUAUUAUUUUCGGUGUUUAUAAAAUCAUCCUAUGGUUUACUAAAGAAAUUAUAUUUGCAAAAACGAAAAAUAGAAGUCAAAAAACCACAACAUAUGACACUAGAACAAGAUGAACGUGAAAUGUCUGCGAAAAGAUAUGGAAACAUGGACGAUACAAGUGACGACAAGGAAGAAACUAAUAAUUGA